UGCUCGAUCUCUCUGAUCACAACAAUCGUAAGCGAUGAGAGGCGGAGCUAGAGCCGAUGAAUUCAAUUUCAAUACGAAUCCAUCAACGCCAAACGCUGGUCAGCCGACACCGAUGUACCCCGCCGGUGUUGUGGGUGGCGGCGGACGGAAGAAAGGCGUUGGUGUGAGGUCGUGGUUGGUACUUGACUCGUCGGGGAAGUCGGAUCUAAAGGAAGAAGGGAAACACUCCAUCAUGCGGCGAACGGGAUUGCCGGCGAGAGAUCUUCGGAUUCUCGAUCCACUGUUGUCGUAUCCAUCUACUGUUUUAGGUAGAGAGAGAGCGAUUGUCAUCAAUCUGGAGCAUAUCAAGGCAAUCAUCACCGGUCAAGAAGUUUUGUUGCUUAAUUCCAAGGAUCCUUCCGUGUCACCCUUUAUCGAUGAGUUGCAGAGGCGGAUUCUCUGUCACCAUCACGCCACUAAACCUCAGGAGGAACAGAAAUCUGAGGGAGAGUCUCAUACGAGGACAGACCCUGCUCAAGGAGAAGCUGGAACGCCACAAUCAUCUGGGGAUCAAGGGAGUGAAGCCAAGAAGGAUGCGAAGCAAAGUCUUGAGAAUCAAGAUGGAUCUAAGGUUCUUCCAUUUGAGUUUGUUGCUCUGGAAGCCUGUCUUGAAGCUGCAUCAAGCAGUUUGGAACAUGAGGCCUUAAGAUUGGAGUUAGAGGCUCAUCCAGCCCUGGACAAGCUUACUUCCAAGAUCAGUACCCUUAAUUUGGAGCGGGUUCGACAGAUUAAAAGCAGGCUGGUUGCAAUAACUGGACGUGUUCAGAAGGUUAGGGACGAGCUAGAACAUCUGCUAGACGAUGAUGAAGAUAUGGCUGAGAUGUAUCUUACGGAGAAGUUAGCUCAGAAACUUGAGGAUUCGUCAAAUUCUUCUAUGAAUGAGAGUGAUACCUUCGAGGUUGAUCUUCCUCAAAGAGACGAGGAUGACAGGCUUCCUCCCGAAUUUGCAUCGUUGGCUAACAGAGAUGAAAGAUAUCUACAAGGAACUGAUGCUCACCAUCUUCUUAUGAGUGCUCACAGUGCACUUAGCAGAAAUAGCCGUGGGACUCAUACAAGCUCAACGAGGAGUGCCAUGACCAACAAAUUAGAUGUGGAAGAGCUUGAAAUGCUUUUGGAAGCAUAUUUCGUGCAGAUCGAUGGUAUACUGAACAAACUAUCAACACUAAGGGAAUAUGUGGAUGACACGGAAGACUACAUCAACAUAAUGCUAGAUGACAAGCAGAAUCAUCUUCUGCAGAUGGGUGUGAUGCUAACAACAGCUACUCUGGUGAUGAGCGCCUUUAUCGCAGUUGCUGGUGUAUUUGGUAUGAAUAUUAGGAUAGAGUUGUUCAAUGAUAAUGAAGCUGGUCCAAGUAGAUUCAUUUGGACUGUAAUUGGAGGUUCUAUCGGCAGUAUAUUCCUCUACGCGUGGGAAGAGAGAAGGCUAAGCCCUAAAAUUUCAUCGGAGAAGAGAAACAUGUCGACGAGGCGAGAAAGCAGAGAUUCAGACCCUAAACGACACCGUUCUAGAAUCGAUCGCGAACCCAGCCCCAAGAGAUCAAGAAGAGAUGACAAACCUGAUGCAGAACGAGUUUUGAGUAAGAAGGAUUUGGAUGUUAGAGAUGGUAAUGCUGAUGCAGAGAAGAAACCACGUCACUCCUUGAGAGAUGCUGCGCCGUUGGAACCUGAUGCUCAUGGUUCAAGAAAAGACGGUGAAAAGAAGCACUCUGAACAUCAUGAGACCACCAAACAAGCUUCCCAUCUAUCUCAAGUGCCUCGUUCUAGACCAUAUUCUCAGCAUGAUGAUCUUCCUAGUGAUGGAAAAGGUGACAGACGACCAACUUCUGAGAGAGGAUCGUGGAGAAGUUCAAGAGGUCCGAGUAACCGAAGAGGUGGAGAUGAUGACAAAUCACAGCAUCGUAAAGACGAAGACAAAAGCUCGUGGCGACAUGAUAGCGACACCCAAGGAACACUCUCUAGGAAACGACCGGCCUUCAGAGAGAAGAAGAUUGCAGAGGAAUCUGGGAAUAACACAGACAGAACAAGAACUGAGGAGGGAAAAGACACAAAUCUAAACUAUCGCAGACAGAAAGAGAGAAAUUGGAGGAGCAAUAUGCAUUCAGAAAGACAUGAGAGACCAGCAAUGGGAAGAGACAGAGUGUGGAACAGAGAUGAUGAGAGAGGCGCCGGAAGCAGACAGAGUUAUCGAGUUGAUAGAGACAGAUUCAACGGCAAUGGGCGAAGUGGGUUUAGCGGAAGCUGGACAAGGAAUGAAAAGAAAUGGGACCAUGACUUGUUCGAGGAGGCGAACAAGAGUCCAGCUAAAGCCACCGAGGAAGAACAGAUUGCAAAAGUUGAAGCUUUGUUGGCUUCUUGAAGCAGCAUAUGCUAUGGUUCUUGAUAUGAAUUCGCCUCUAACAUUAUAAUAUCUCAGUUUGCAAGUGUAGAAGAUGAUGUCUGAGUUUAUAUAAUGAAACUCUCUUAUGUUUUUUCCAAGAAAGCAGCAUCGGUUUA